ACUAUUCUAAGUAUGACCUCUGAACCCCAGCAGGUUGCGUAAAAAGAGCACUGUACUUCGCAGCCGUACUUCACAGUCCUCUCCGCGCUUUUACGUCCUUGUAGUUGGUUCAUUCUUCUCAGAGAUCAGAUCCACAGCUCACCAUGUCAUCAGUCCGCCAUGUGCGCGAGGUUCGAACCCUGUACCGGCAGAUCCUCCGCCUCCACCGCCGCCUCCCUGCACACUUCCGGGCCAUCGGGGAUCAGUACGCCAAGGACGAGUUUCACAGACACAAGAAAGCUGGAGAAGCUGAAGUCCAAACGUUCAUGACAGAAUGGAAGAACUAUGCAAAGAUGUUACAGGAACAGUUAGCCCAGGAGUCGUUCCCGGUUGGUCAGACUCUCUCCCCAGACAAGAUAGAGAACUUCUCAGAAGAGCAGCUGGGACAAUUGUUUGAGCUUCAACAGGAGGCCACCAAACCAAUAUCAGGGGAACUGCAGGAUCUUAUAGAAGAUGACAAGAAGAGAUAGCCAAUGAACAUCAUAGUGUACCAAAACUAGACAUCUUAAGUUAAAAUGUAACGUUAAUGUUGUUAAUAAAAGUGUGUUCAUAUAUGUUAUCACAACUGCAUGAUCCUUCUGUGUGUGUACUACUUGUAGGUCUGAAGAGAGAUUCCCCAGUCAAAGUGGACAAGCGGACAUAAGGAACGGAAGGGAAAUCAGCA